AACUUCCACGCGGUUCUCUUGUGGCUUCUUCUCAAGUUUCUACAACCACCUUUGUUAAUCUCCAAGGGUAGGGAAUCACACAAUUUCUGUAAUAACAUUGUCAAGUGUAAGAGGACAGUAAACACACAAGAAGUUCACUUUCUUUCUUUUUGACAUAUAAUAAUUGCAAUUGCUGCCUAACCGGCUUCAAUCUCUGGUUUAUUUAGUCAUCUCUAAAACCGCCCAGUUAUCUAAUUAAACCAGAAAAAAAUAGAUCAUAACCAAAAAUCAACAUUGAAUUUGAAAAUUGUAUCUGAGAAGAUUAUAUUAAUUUAUUAAAAUUUUGAAAAGAUAUAUGUCGAAGAAAAUGGAAAAUCCUAUUAAACGGUUAGAAACAGAAGACAAAGAAAAGGAAAGUUUGAAGAAGCUUGAGUUCCAAGUAAGUAAACGUGUGCUAGAGAAACAAACCCAAACCUAUUAGGAGUUGGUUUACGAUACUCUCUCUUUAUAUACAAACACGUAAGGUCACACUUUCUAACAAUACAAAUCAUUCUCUCCACUUUCGUUGCUUCCAAACCCUAUUUUAUCAGUCGCGCGAGAAAGAGAGAGAGAAGGAUGGAGAAGCAUGAGUUCUUAGAACUGUUUGAAGCUGCAACCAAAGCUGCAAAAUCUGCUUCGAGAGGAGACGUUAAGAGUUCUUGUCCUGCGGUCUCUAGGUGCGUCGAAGCCAUAAAGCGUUUGAGAGAAGCUCCCGAGUCUCUUGCUUGCGAGUUGGUUGUCGAUCGCAAAUACACUCAGAUUGGAAAGAGUCACGGCCUUUUCACUGAGCACAAAAACCCUAGAAUCCAAUCCGAGGGAAAGAUUCUUUACUCUCUUUGGCUCAGAUAUCUCUACGCAACGGGGAGGAAACAGAGCUCACGACCUCGUGAUCGGACGGUGGUGAAGAAUAAGAAGAAGCUUGUGGAGGAGAAGAUGGUCUCGACGACGACGGGGGAUUCUAACCGGGACAAAGUGCGUGAGAUUCUUAACAAGUCCUUGUCUAAAGUGGCUGUUGAGAUGAAGGAAGGAGUGGUUUCUUGCGAUUCUUGGAGUGUGGCUGCUUCGGUUGAAUCUGCUAUGUUUGAGAGACUAGGUUCUUUCGAGGGGACUCAAAAAGCAAAGUACAGAUCCAUUCUUUUUAACAUGGGAGAUAGCAGCAACCCAGACUUGAGAAGGAAAGUGAUGUUCGGUGAGAUCAGUGGAGAAAGACUGGUGACGAUGGAGAAAGAAGAGAUGGCUAGCCACAAGAUUCAGUUGCAAGUUCAAAACAUCAAAGAGAAAGCCAGAGCUAGGGAAGAGAAUCGAGUCAAGAGUAUGAUGAUGUUUCAGUCAGACACUAUGAUCAUGACUUGAGCACAAAAUAUAGAUUCUCAGUUUAUUAUUAAAUAUAUAAUAAUUAGUCUCUUAUCUUGGUGGUCUCAAUGUAUAAACAUUUUUGAAUGGUUUAGUUUGUAACUCUGCCUUGUUUCAUUGUAAAAUACAAAUUUAGUUUCUCAGUA